UUCGGUCGGUCGAAAGUUGACGGCAGUCAAAUUUCGGAAUUGCAACGAGUUGAGUCGGCUCAGAGUACGGGGAGUUGUCGUUGCUAGUUGGAAGUGAGUGCGGCGACUUUUUGUUGUGUACAACGGCGUCAGGUCUUGCCCGCAGAGAUUUCUUCCCCCGCCUGGAGAAAUUCAAUAUCAGCAAAUCGCGAAAGUGCCACCUGCAGUUCGCUGGCCGCACGGAUUUUAUCGUCUCAGGUGCAUUUCGUGUCUUAAAACCGCGUUCAUAGAUUUACCGGACUGAAAGGGUGCGUAGUAUUCGUUGCAGUUCAUCGGCUUGUGUGCGAGGCGAGCGUUUUUGCACAAAUUUCUGGUUGUGCCGGAGAAAAAUUGGGAAAUCGUGUGCGCGACCAACGCCUUUUGUUCUGUGUGUUAUGACUUAAGUGCUUGAUGUGAGUUUCUGGAAUUUGUGCGAAUCACACGAGAAGUUGUUCUUGCCAGGGGGCUGCAUCCAAGAAGAAUUUGCGGACCGCCGCCGACAAACGGAUCAGGAAGGAAAGCGACAGGCAGGCGAGCUCCAGGAGACAGAGCUUGCGGUGCAGUUCAAACUGUUUCAAUCGUGGAUUGAUAACGAGAGUAACGUUUCGCCAAUAACGAUACCACCAUCACCUAAACGAGGAUGAGUAAAAAACCGACAACGGGGCCAGCACUUCACAAAGUGAUAAUGGUCGGUAGUGGAGGCGUGGGCAAAUCGGCGUUGACCUUGCAAUUUAUGUAUGAUGAAUUCGUUGAAGAUUACGAGCCCACAAAAGCCGAUAGUUAUCGAAAAAAGGUUGUUCUGGAUGGAGAGGAAGUACAAAUCGAUAUUCUUGACACAGCGGGACAAGAAGACUAUGCAGCCAUUCGGGACAACUACUUCCGCAGCGGCGAAGGUUUCCUAUGUGUGUUCUCAAUAACGGACGAUGAAAGUUUCCAAGCGACACAAGAAUUCCGCGAACAAAUAUUGCGUGUCAAAAACGAUGAAAGCAUACCAUUUUUGUUAGUUGGUAACAAAUGUGAUCUAAAUGAUAAGCGUAAAGUGCCACUGACUGAAUGUCAGGGGCGUGCUCAACAAUGGGGCGUACCAUAUGUGGAAACGUCGGCGAAAACCCGUGAAAAUGUCGAUAAGGUAUUUUUUGAUUUGAUGCGUGAAAUCAGAUCACGAAAAACUGAAGAUUCGAAAUCAACAAGUGGGCGAGCAAAAGAUAAAUGCAAGAGACGGAAACUUAAGUGUAUACUAAUUUAGAUAGGUUUUUUAUGAUCUCAUCAGGGAAAUAUCAUCACGUAAGAAGCAACGUCAGACCGAAGUACGACAGCCUACAAAAACCAAAUCUCAUUGCUGCCAAUUGCUAUAAACGGAACAAAUAUAACAAAAUAACUAUAUCAAUACACGAUGCAAAUAAAAUUUAUGAAGAAAUAUAUAAAACGACUACUAUAAUGCUGCGUUAUGUCUGAAACAAAUGUAAGCAAGAUAAAUCCGGAAAGAUUGUAAAUAGUAAAAUUUCAAUCGGAUCAAAAACGUAUCCGAUUCGUAGUUGAGCCUUUAAGUUACACCAAACACUCAUGAGAAAUUGCUUCCUGUCGCUUGUGAUAAAACGAAUUCUACGGCACCAAGAUAAGGAGGAUGUGGUUUUGAUCCGAUUGAAAUUAAACUAAGUACAAAGGCGAAACAUAAAUAAGAAACACAUGCAAACGAAUUGAGUAAUUUUACACUUUUCUAUUCCAAUUCCACCGCUUGUCCAUAGUAAUGAGUAAUAAACAUUCAGUGAAAAAUUAAACAAAAAUUAGAAUAAUGAUUUUUACAAGAUACGCAUUAGCAAAUAUCAGAUAGUUGAAAUGGUAUAAUAAAGUCCUACUUUUUAAUGCAACGUCCAGAACGGAUCAAAAGUUUUUAAUUAGUUUUCUCGUCAUUCCUAUCUCUACAUACAUUGGUAUGUAACUGAUAAACAGUCUGCUUGAUUUUGUUUUCACAUGCGCAUAAGAGGACCUUUCAAUUCGAAGAGACCUUGGGGAACCGAUUGUUUUUGUACUUUUUGGGGUGAAUUUUACUGAAAUAGUUGGUAAUUUUUGCGUUUGCAACUGUUUACAAUUCUUUAAAAAUAAAUCUGCUUCCGCAUUGUUCACACCAGAUUAAACUAAGCUAAGCUAAGCCGUAUAAAGGAUGAGAAACAUUUCAGCCGACAACAAGCGAUCUCCACCAACAUUAUUUAGCUGACAACAUUGCAUUGAACGCUGAUGAUUGUCAUAAAAACGUGUCUAUUUGGGACUGAUGAUCCCAACUGAUCAAGAGUACACAGACGGAAACAUUGAACUAAAUAUUAUCAAUAUAUGUAUUUCUUUGAUGUUUAUACUUUUUGUUGGCAAGGCAAGGAAGUUACAGAAACCGUUCUCAUCAACAUAUGCUGAGAACACAAAAGUUGAGUUUCUUUGUGGAGACUCAGAGUUGUUUGAAAUUCAUCGUCCCUUGGUGCAAUAGACCAAAUGGCAUCACACUCCUAGCUAAGUUGUUCUACUUAGCUUUAUCAGUUCAAAAACUCAAGCGUCCUUUUGUGCUGUGUGGUGCCAGGAAUUAUAAAUGAUUUACACAUUUGACUAAUAGUGAGCAAUCGGCCCUCCCAAAUGCAGGCUUUGUAGGCAUGUACCUAGUUGUGCAUUACUUUGCGAAAUUCUCUGAUUUGUUAAUAAAUUAUCUACUUAGGAUUAUGGUCCAUGUUAUUAUCCGUUUCAGUUCCAGCAUUUUACGUAUUAUUUAUCACAUUCGACAUCAAAACUUUAUAAGUUUAUAAGAUAUUACUAGUUUGCAAAAACAAUGCAAGUUCAAGAUCAAAUUUUCACAAUAAUUCUUAGGCAAAUUGAAAACGAAAACCUUUGUAAACUUUUUAUUAAUUAAUUGAUAACUACAAAAGGAGAAAGAAUUGUUUUGCGUUUGUAAUCUGAUAGAAACGAAGGCGGAGAAAAGUUAUUUAGCGAUCUACUGUAGCAUGUAAUUGUCUUUAUAAUUAUUAUUACUAUUAUUAUUAUAUUGUCGCUCCAUUCUUGCAUAAAAGCAAUGCUUUAAAUACGUAUUAAGGAUAUUCUGUUGUAUUUUCUAUUCGUUUGUUCUUCAAGAUGCAAAUAGGCACAUUGCAUAAAACAGAAAGUUACACAUGCAAAAACACGUAUUGUUCCUUCUCAUUCGUAUUUCACAACUUCUGUUUUAUCUUAGACGAUUAUGUCUCUUAACCUCUUUAUCGCGUGCUAGCAUUUAACUGGCAUUAAAUUCAUAAAUCGAAUACUUCGCAGUCAUCGGUUGAAAAAUAAUAGAGAAAAUAAUACCGCGCAGUACAUAUUGUUUAUCUCUGAUUUAGCAAGCACCAUAUACACACACAAUACACAUAUUUGUACUAAUUGUAUAAAAUAUUUAUUUUUUACCAUGUCAAAGGAAAGAAAUGAAACAUUGAAAAGGAAAAUUUAUACAUACUAUAUAUGAAGCUGAGAAUAUGUAAGUUGUAAUGUAAAGCAUACGAGGAAGAGAAUGAAAAUAUAAAAGUAAAUAAAAGAUAAAUAAUGGA